AUGGCAUGCGACUUGGUCAAGGGAACUAGAUUGGACUUGGUGUCAUUAUCACGAUCCAUGCUCAAGAGUCAUCAUCAACAGCACUCUCGAGAAUCCAACAGACCCCCCACAAUGGCCCCAGAUCCUAUGACCGAUGAGAUGAAGGAGGAUAUCCGUCGUAUGACGGAGACCCUGACCAACCAGUCCACCAUUGAGCUGCUUACCCGAGCCGGGAACCAAGCCAAGUACAAUCGGUGGGACCUGAAGGAGCGAAAGAAGGCUCGGGAGGAGGCCAUGGCACGAGCUGAAAACGACGGCAAUGCCGGGGACUACGAAGAGGAUGUCACUCGAGACACAGAAGCCAGUGUUGCCGACACCACUGGCAUCAACGAGGCCAACGUCACGGAUGCCGGCGCCAACGAGACCAAUGCCACUGACGUCUCCGAGGCAAAGAGCAAGGUCACAACCAAGGUCACAACCAAGGUCACAACCAAGGUCAAGGAUGUCGUUUCCCGCGUCACAAAGGCAAUGAACCGCUUGAGCAUGACCAAGAAGGGAGCUGGUGACAAGACGGCCGCAGACGACAAGGGCAAGUCUGGCCACGGCAGCAAGCAGGGUGACAACAAGGCUUGA